ACCUAAGCCAAGUCGAAAGACGAAGCGUUGGCCAGAAAUCAGUUGGGCAACAGCGAGCCAAGUAGCUGGGACGCUCGUCGAAAUCCAGAUAAUAUAAAAUCCAAACAAACCACGGAAAGAGGGACCCUACACUCCACAAAAAUAUGUGCGACUGCGGCUGCUACUCCUACUGUCUGCAAGACAGCUCCUGCUUCAGCCACUAUCACUCGCAUUCUCACUUGCACUCGCAUCACUGCUGUGCGGGCUAUAAAUAUUUGAAGUGCCUCUGCCGCUACUAUCGUCAUGGGCACUGCACCUGCUCCUGCUGGCGGCGGAAAUGCUAUCUGCUCUAAGUUGGAUAAGGUCCCUUUCCAGGACAAGGAUGAGGCGGAGAUCCACGCCAAAGAGUCAGCACCACACAAAUCACAACUCAAACAACGCAAAUCAGUAAAGAAAUCACAAGAUGAAGUCCUUUAAGCAGUUGCAUAACACUUGGCUACAUCCAAUGGAGCAGGAGUGAAAUGGAAAAUGAAAAAUAGUGUGGAAAAUACAGAACGGAGAAUCAGAAAGGGAGAGUAGCAAACAACUAGCGUCCAUACGGAUCGUAUGUGCAACGUUUUCAGUUGUUGUGUGAGUGAGUGUGCAUGUGCUUUUGCCUGUGAGUGAAAAUGGUUCAAGGAUGUGGCUAACAUUGUUAUCGACUGCGUUUUGCAUCUGAAAAAUCCCCACUCACACCAAACAUACACCUAAACCCAGUAAAACAAAUCGUAUUAGUGCCUAAG